AUGAUCCAGGUCAAGGCCCAACUUGGGGCCAAGCAGACAAACACCUUCCGCUUUUGGAGUCGGGGUGAUGAGGUUAUGGAAGGGACUACUUAUGACAAUGCUGCAGAGUUUACCGCAGCUCUUUCGGUAGAUGCUGGUGCAUCUGGAAUCAUGCAAUUCCUUGGUCGGCGCGCUAUAAUCCGCGAAAUUGCUCAGUCUUUCGAAACUGUCUAUGGUGUCAAGCUUAGCCUGGAGAGUCGUAUCCGCAUCAGCGCAUCUACUGAGAGACAGUAA